GUCCUCGCAAAUGCUUCGCAGCGACACCUUACGGGUGCUAGUUUGAACCAUUAUGAAGCGUUAGGGGUGUGGGAGCCGGCCCACACCCCUAACACGGGCAAGGUUGGCCUAAAUUUACAAAUUUUCCGUGAAAAAAACAGGAUAAGCGCACUGACGGUGCACAACUCAUGACACAUGCAGGCCAGCCUGCCGGCAGGGGGUGUGCCGGGCCCGUCGCUGUACUUGCCCGGCCCCGUGGCGGCACUGCCCGGCCAGGCCAUCCCCCUUGUGGUCACUGCCUCCUUCGGAGGCCCUGCCACGGCAGUGAACGUGACGAUGGUGGCUAUGGGCUCGGCGCCUGUGGCUGUGCUCACGGGCCCCGCGGGCGACGUGCCUGACGACACGCCCGUCAUCCAGAUGCAACAGAUUCAGCGCAGCGCCGCACAGGGCGACUCGCAGAGCGCUCCAGGCGCAUGGCUGCUGCCCGCCGGACUGCUGGCAACCGGCAAGACCCACACCUUCACAGUCACAGUGUCACAGCAGCCGGUCGCAGCGGCAGGCAGCACCGCCACGGCGCAGUCGGCAUCUCAGUCGCUGGUGCUGAGGCCCCGGCCGGCAUCAGGUUCGGGCGGUGGGCUGGGCGGCGAGCAGCAACGCUUUGACCUACGAGUUCGGGACCCAGACUGCUGCCUCCGGGGGCCGCGUCGUGCUGUCAAUGCAGCAGUCGGGCGGCACACCUUCCGCUACGCUGGUGGGGUUGCCCCAGGCCGCGUGACCGCGCCCGGAAGCUACGUCGUGGCCCAGGGCCCAGCGAUGCCAUCGCCACCGCCCGGCGUGGUGGCUGCGCCACCAGGCACUUCCCCUUCUCCACCACCUCCCCUGGCGCCUGGGCAAGCCACGGCGGACACACAGACAAGCGUCACCGCCGCCGGUCCGACAAGCCAGGAGCAGGGGAGCACGGCGGGAGGCUCGACUGCAGUGAUUGCCGGCGCGGUCGGUGGCGCUGUGGGGGCUGCCGCCCUGGCUGCGGCCGUGGCCGCUGUGGUGUUGGCACGCCGCCGGCGGCGCGCGAAGCAGCAGCAGGUGCGGCAGGGUGGCACCUCGCAGCCGCAGCCUGAUCGACUGCCUGUGGAGGAGUAUGCUCCAGCAGCGGUGGGCCGGGGGCAGCGGCCUGCUCCCUCGCAAGCGCCACACCCAGGCGAGGAGGAACGCCGGCAGAAUGGGGAGGCAACACCCGCCACCCCGCGGCGUCAACCAGUGCGGUCAGUUGCAGCUGGCGUGGUGCCUGUAAGCACGCAGCUGAUGACGGAGGGACGCGGGCCGGGCGGAUCCCAGCGCGCCGCCCACAGCCCCCUCAGCGGCACACCCCGCGCGCUGUCCCGAACCUCUGCCAUUGGUGGCUGGGCGUCCGGUGACCUCGAGCGACCUGCGUCCGUCUCAGCAGCUGCUGUGGCGCCUGAUGCCGUCGCGCCAUCAGUGGGCGGCGCCGCUGCUGGGGUGCUUGGUUCCGAGGGCAUGAGAUCGCCUAGCGGCAACCAGCUGAGUAUGCCUAGUCGAAGUCGCCUCGGACAGGGUGUCGCACAUCAGUCGGACGCACAGCGCAGCUACACGCGCCGCCAAGCGUCCGGAACGUAAGCAGUUGAGGUAGUAACGGCGGCAGUUGAUGUGGGACAAGCGCCGCUUUCUUUAUGCCUGCUUCGUUCUGUUGGGCGCAGCAGAGCGUUACGAGCCAUGCAGUUUGCCACGCCAGCUUCCGCUGGGGUUCCAGUGUCGCCACGGCAAGCGAUUUCUUGUCGCCUGGGUUGUGAGCCUGCCUUUGGCGAGCCACGUUUACUGCCUGGUAGAGUGAUGGACGUGCCAAGGUAGUUUGUCAACAGGUUUAGGGUGCGCACGUACCUUACAUCGGGUUUGCUGACUUACGUGGUAUUGUGUGGUAGAGGGUGAGCGGAUGAAUCCAGCGUCAUGGCUCACAGCGGAACCCGGUUGCCAGGUUAUUCAGUGCAUGUGCGUGUGCGGUGAGCUGCGUUCGUUUCGCGUUUCAUGUCCAUGGGUCUACCCAUUACGUUUAGAUUAGUAUUGGGAACGCUUGAUCGACAUUGUUCAGUCCAGGUAGCAUUUGAUGGCCCCUGCGUUGUCCUCACUUGUAACACCGCCAUCGACAGGGGCGGUCCCUUCAUUUGGCCGGGUGUGCUCGGGUAUGGGACACGGCCAUACGGUACGGAACGUCUGAUUGUCCAGUUCUGUCAUGUUGGCGCCCGAGCGAAAGCCCAACUGCCAAGCUGACAUUUUACUAUUUCGCAGUAGAGCACAUGUGAAGGACCACAUGCUGCAGAGGGCUGACGUGGUGUGUGUCCUCACCCGGGACCCA